GUGGGAUGUAUUUCGUAUGAAUUUUGCAACUAAAUGUGCUGAAUCAGUCAAAAUUACGUGGAGCUGCACGUGAAGUAGCUGGAAUUUAGUGCGAAAAGUAGCGAAAAUAUCGUGAAAUUGCAGUUAAGUUGGUGCUUCUACCGGAAGAGGGAACAUUAUUAUGGGAAAAAGGCAGCGCAGUGACUACCGAGUGGACGGUGGAGCCUCCUCGACAGAAUCAAACGAUGAAACAAUACUUUCCACCAAGAUGAAUGGGGGUGAAGUGUGUACACACAUACAAAAAUCUAUUGACUUGAACACGAUACGGAAACAAAUCAAAACCAAUGACGCCUGGUUUAAAAAGGUUUGUGGCAAGUGUAUGGAUGACCCAGCUACACACGGUGGAAACCAUAUCCACGAAUCAUCGAAAGCGUUCAGCGAUGCCAGUUGUGAGACGGCGUUGUGGCUUUGUCUCAAGUGUGGAACGCAACUGUGUGGUCGGAAGCAAAAUGAGCAUGCUUUAAAACAUUAUACAGUACCUCGUUCGGACGUUCACGCACUUGCCAUGAAUACCACUACGAUGGACGUGUGGUGUUAUUGCUGUAAUGUGGCAGUCGAUUCGUUCGCGAAACCAAAGCUACUCGAACUGGUUGAGCUUAUUAAACGUGAAGUAAUGAAAGUUCGGUUCUCCGGUACUGGCAACACAUCUAUUGCGGAUAUGCAAACUAAAUUGCGAGAUACAACAGAGUCAGUCAGAAGCAUGGCACUUCAAUCAAACACAAACAGCUCGUUCGAUGUACCGGAUGCUGCAAAAUUUAACCCCAACAAUCAAACUUACGAACACAAACCGGACAGUGGGUAUAGUGGAACUGGGCCAAAUCAGAUCAACCAAGCUUCGUCCCCGAUUGUUCGGCAUGCGAUGCCUAUGAAAUCCAUAGUAGAUUCGCUCCCCCGUGUGCGUGGUCUGUCCAAUCUUGGCAACACUUGCUUCUUCAACGCCGUCUUGCAGUGUCUGGCUCGUACACCUUAUCUACUUGAUAUCUUAAAACAGUCUGCGACCGAAGGUGAGAAGGUACACAUACCUGGUGGGAUUUUAAAAUUGCAUGACGGUUCUGACAUGGCGAUGCCACCUAUAGACGGUGCAUUGACCAAUUGGCGCAGUCUCACUGAAGCGCUGGCCGAGUUGCUAAGCGAAUUAACGGCGAAUGCGGAAGAAUCACUAUCACCGAAUUGGUUGCUUCAGGAAUUGACCAGCAAGUGGCCCCAGUUCGAUGGGGGUGAUCAGCACGAUUCGCAUGAAUUAUUGCGGCAUCUCUUGGAAAGUGUGCGCACAGAUGAUUUACGCCGCUACCAGUCCCUAAUAAUGCAACGGCUCGGGUUGCAGGUUACAACGCGGCAACAGCUGCAAAACGCGGAUAGCACACAGAAGGCAGUGGCAAAGUUCUACAAUGAACAGAUUUCUCAGUGGGUGUUCCGUCCGGAGCAGGUAUUCAGAGGCUCGCUCGUCUCUACCUUAACCUGUCAGGACUGCCAUCAUACAUCGUCGCAGCAUGAAUACUUCCUUGAUAUUUCGCUACCGGUCUGCGUAGAGAAGCCACAACCUCCAAUCAGGCGAAGAAGUAGUCCCGAGCCAGAUGGGCAUACCUCCGGAGGAACGACGUUGUCUGGUGUCAGGGGAGCGUCAGCAACAUCAACAGAUGGGACACCAGUAUCAAAGUCUGCUACCAAAAAGGAACGAGAAUCUAAUAAAAAAGCGAAAAGGAUUGCAAAGCAUCAGAAAAAUAGAAUUAACCUGUCGUCGGUUGGAAGUGGUGGUGGAAUAUUAGCGUCUACUGGUGGAGAUAAAGUAGGCAACGGGAGUGAGGAAAGCGAAUUCAUGGCUCAUAUGGUACCGUUAACCGAUGAUCAGCCAUUCCAGUCCGAUUGUUCCAAGGUGAACGAUGGGUCUUCAGACGAUUCGAAUGAACCGUCCGACGCUGAUGUAGAAGACAAUGACGUGACGGAUGAUCCGCUAUCGAAGAAUGGUGCAAUGUCAAUUGUGGAUCAAAACGGCAACCAAUUGCGUCCUCUGCCAGAAAAAACGGACGAUACGCCAGAAAACCUGAACAAGGAGACAGAUGGAAACAAUAUUGUGUGCGCAGUUGGUAUUAGCGCACAGCGAGCAGCACAUAUUGCGCGGCAGCUACCGCCUGGGACUGCAGGAAGCAGCGAAACAGAUGAAGAUACUGUGAAGCGAAGAGGAGAAUUACAUCUAGGCACUAGUGGACGGGAUGGAGGUGACAAAGGUUGCACUAGUGAGCCAAAGCGCGGUCGUCAGCGCACAUUUAGUCGUGCAGAUUGGAGUAACACGAUUGCGCCGCGCUAUCAAUGUGAGGAUGGAGAGUACUCGAUACAGUCGUGCUUUAAUAAUUUUACCGCUGUUGAACUGAUGACUGGCAAUAACAAGGUAUGUUGUGAAGCAUGUACAGAGCGCAUCAACGGCAAGGGUGGUAAGUCGGUCAACACGAAUGCGACGAAGCAAUUGCUUAUAUCUCAACCACCAGCAGUUCUGAUCUUGCACUUAAAGCGCUUUCAGGUAGGGUUAAGAAGUGUAUUCAAAAAGCUAAACAAGCUGGUUUCGUUCCCAUUCGUCCUGGACAUAGCACCGUUCUGUGGUUCGAAAGUUAAACGUGCAUCGCACAUUCGACCCGGUCAGAAAAGAAUCUUAUACGCAUUGUACGGAUUAGUAGAGCAUUCUGGUUCUAUGCAUGGCGGACAUUACGUCGCAUACGUGAAGGUGCGCCCUAAGUUUGGCCCAGACGACGAGCGAUGGAAGUUCAUCCCUCAGGGCUCCAAGGAUGAGCUUGAUCGUAAGUCUGAACAAGAGAUGGUCGAAGAGCAGGCGCGGCGUAUGGGAAUUCACAAUCGCGAUAGUGACGAUUCUCUUAGUUCAUACCAUACAACCAGCGAUAACGAUGACAACGGGCAGAAGCUACCGAAGGAGCAGAAAGAACAAGACGAGCCUGAAGGUGAAGUUGGUUAUACCCCAAAGUCUACCGAACCGUUGCCAGAUGUUGAGCCACCACCGGGCAAAUGGUAUUGUGUAUCGGAUAGCUAUGUUCGUGAAGUGACAGAGGAAAGCGUGUUGAAAGUACAGGCCUAUUUGCUAUUCUACGAGCGUAUAUUCUAAUUGUGUAUCAUUUACCCCUUAUCGUUUAUGCCUAUUUGGUUACCCGCACAGUUAUUUUUGUUUAAUUGCUCUCAGGAUUGUUAACUUAAAUCUUGUGGAUACACAUGAAUGUAAGUUAUCGAAAAAUGAUUGAGACGGAAAAGUCGACCGAAUCUUAGCACUUUCUGUGUACUUCCGUAUACGGUCAGUUCCAAAAUCAAUUUGAUAAGAUUAGGAAGCGCGCCGCCUAUUAUCCUCCCGAUACUCUCUCUGUCUUUCUCUCCUGAGAAGCGCUCACACUCCCUUUCCCAAACGCUGAUACUUUAUCCACAUUAAUCUGCAUCCAUAGUGCAUCGGUUAAGCUCUGAGAGUUCUUUAGAAUUUAAAGUGAUUGCUUAUCACAUUUUUCAUCAAAUGUCACCGUGAUAAUUUGAGUGUCUCAUUUACUACUUCAAGUUUAAGUAUAUUGUGCCCGCGCAAUGCUGUAUAAGUUAAGUUAAAAGUUGUUAAUUUCGUUUUGAUCGAUUAUAGUAUUUUACUAGAAUUAUUACAAAAAAUCCAUUAAAAUUGCUGUUCUAUGACAAGUGAGUUUGUCAGCUCUUUUUGUCAAAGUGCAAUGGUUUGUAAAUGAUUUUGGUGCUAACCAAAUCUAAUGAUUUGAAUUUGAUGAAUCAAGAUAUUUGAAUACUUUUUGAUUGAUUAAAAUAACUUACACUGUUGGCUUCCUUUAUAACAAGAGCUGUCAAACUCAAACGAUCUCGUGGGCUAGAUAUGCAAAAAUAAUGAUUUCUGAUUGUAUGGAAUGCUUCGUAAUGGAGAGACAAACAUGAGAGAUGUCUCGAUUGAAAGCUAAGACUAACAGUGUAAAUUUGAUGUUAAUUAAUUAAUUGAUCCAUUUUAGUUAUUGUAUUUUGCAGCGCAUAACGACCCCAGAUUUACGUAAAUUGCCUCAUAGUGUGUUGAGUGUAGAAGGUUAUAUUUUCUCGCAUUUACAAAGUUUCAACAAAAAAAAACAUUGUUCAGAUAUAUUUUUUUUGAUUAUAAUUAUGCUUCAAUUCUAACACGUUUAGUGUUAACUAUAACUCUUUUACAACAAAUCAAAUCAAUUUCUGGACCAAAAAGCAGGAGUGACGAAUUGAAUGCAGCAAAAUUGUACCAUUUUGAGGUUCCCCAAUUUCACAUAGACGCUGGAACGCAUUCUCCGCGUAUAUCGGGUAUCGACUGUAUUUGAAUUAGGGUGAUGCGGCGUUGAACGUGUUAACAAAGAUACAUGUAUUCAUGUAUUCAUUUUAUUCACGUUCGCGGUACUAGUUUUAAAUAAAUUGGCAAUUGACCACUACAUUUAGCAUGGUCAUGUGGAAAUAAAUCAACGACCAUAUGUACCACUAAUUUUAACAUCAUAAUUGAUGAUGCUUCAGUAUCUAUGUUCCAAUCAGAAGAUAAUUUCUCCAUUUUCGUGAAUCGUUUUUUUUUUGUUUCUUUAGAUUGCCGUAUCGACUAUUCAGUCCUUACUUAUGGUGGUUCGGUUCAGAUGGGAUUCAACUUUAUUUUAUUUCGAAAAUAAAAUGGUCUGUCUACCAUUAUAUUCAGAUAAUAUGAAUUUUGUACCGGUCCAGUCUUGUGGGAUUGGCAUAUCUACCAAGUGGCACGGUUGUGUUCUUGGUAGAAGCAUUUUGAACCGUCUAGCAUUUUGUUACAUAUCCGUGAAGAGCAUUGCUGGUCAAAAGCUUCACAAUUUGGUUGCCUUAAUUUAUAAUGAGUUCUGCAGCAAUAUUUUUUUAACAGAAAUAUCCAGGGGUCUAUAUUGGUGGUUAAGUUAUAAUUAAUUUAGGAGAGCUGGACGAUGAUGCUUAUUGGAUGUCAUGCUAUAGAAUAUUUAUGUAAAAGUUUUAUGCGUGACCACGGUAGAAAUGUUUAAUGCAAAAAUUAUUGUGAUUAACAUGAAGUGUGUACCGUUGAGAAUUUACUGGUGUAGUAGUUGCAAUGUGAAGGGCCUAGUGUUUUGUUUUGUAUUUUGGUUACAAACUUAUACUUUUUAUACUUUGUACAUCUUUAUCAUUGAACUAAUCGUGGGGUACCAUUAUUAUUUUUGGAAAUUAUUGCUUUUACACGAACCUUCGAAAUGUGAAUUUAAUACUACAAGUUCAGAAAGUCUAGACUGUUAAUUUGCUGCUAUUCUAUGUCUGAUUAAUUUAUAAAGAAAAGAAAAGAAAGAAAAGAAACUUUAUAAAUGGGUCGAUAUGCACCGGAAAAUAUAAUGAUUACCAUCAUCGGUUAAUAUUUUCCCAUAAUUUUAUGAAUCUUUUAAAUUAUCGACCGUAUAUGGAUCAAUUAUGUUUUCAACAAAAUGCUUCCAAUUAACCUGUUAUGUCGUUGGCCGGAUGUUCGACGCGGGUAUCCGUAUUUUAUAAUAAAAUUGUGGCUCAUUAAUCUAGAGAAAUAUACUUUGCUUGAACGAAUUCUUUCUUCUCAAUAUAUUAAAAAAGAAAACAAACAAGACAACGAACGGUGACAAAGAGUUCAUCGACGAUAGGGACUUGAAACUAAUAGAUCUUAAGAAAUGUAGCUUAUUUGGCAGCGAGGGUUAAAACAAUUGAAAUCUUUUUUCUAUCCGAAUUUAAUGGUUUAAACAGGCCGUCCCCGAGAAACGCGGUUCCUCUUACACGCGUUUUCGAUGAUACGCGGUUUUCGGAAAUUCUACAGCUGGGUUAGUUUAUAGCACAAAAUCUAAGCAAAAAGAUGGAAAAUUGGUCGAAAAUAUCUAUUUUUGUCAUAUAAAGCAUUUGUUUUUAAUUUAUUUUAAUGUAAUCGUUCUAUAACACGCCUGAAGAGUUGAAUAAAUUAUGUACAGAGAAAGAAGUCGACUCAUUGAUUUUGAAGAAUAAACCAAAUUGCUCCAGGAUUCGACUUACGCGGAGAUUCGAGAUUCGGGGACUGCCUGCACUACAAACCUUUAAAUAACGAGUUCAAUCCGUUCCAGUGUUUCACUCGUACGAAAAGCUUGUUGUACGGGAAGUUCUUGUACCACACGAAUUACAUAUAAAAUCAAAUAAAAUAAUGAUUUAUUCCUGCUGCAAAACCUGAUUCGUUGAUAUUGCCUGUCGGUAGUUUUGUGAGUUGCUCUGUAAAUGGGUCUUCCAUGUGUGUUGUUAAGUGCUCUUCGAUGUUAUUGUUGUCGGUUUCCAAUUGAUCAACGUCAUAAGUUCAUCAACAGGAUUUUCUUUGGUAGCAUUAAUGCGUGCAGCUUCCAUUCAUUUCAUGUCAUGCUGAACUACUUUCAUGUUUUUUUUCAGAUUCAAGCAAAACAAAAUGUUCCCAAAUGCUCUAAAUGUUAGAUUUUGUUCAUUGGAAGGUACAAUAGCUCGUUUUUUGCGAAAAAUUGGUCAUAAGGAGUACUCGUUAUGAAAAGGUUGAUUGAAUCAAAUCCCAGAUCUAAGCAUUUGUACUGCAUGUCAUUAGAUUUUCUUAACACGCCAGUAAGACCCACGUAAAUAAAACAAAAGUAAUAACUAAUUUAUGUGAACAUAUUUUUGGAAUUGUAGAUAUCUUGGAUUGAAUAAAGGAAUUAUUUAAUAAAAGGG